UGAUGAAUAAGCUGAUUUUAAAUAUCUAGUUUUCUUAAUAGGUAAAGUUCAAAAUUGCAUUUGAUACUUCUGGAUAAAAAACAUUUGAUUAAUUAAAACAAAUUUGUGUUCAAAGAUUAGAAGCAUUUUAGAAGGUACAAAAAAAAAUUUUAAAUAGAUAUCUCCUGAAAAUUUAAAGGAAACAUUACCAGAUAAUUUUGAUCCAUCUUAAUAUCAUUUAACUGAUUAGACAAACUUUAUUUUGAGUGAUUAAGAUAUAGUUGAAGAUUUGUGUUCAAACAAUGAAUUAAUUAAUUUAGUUCUAAAUUAAUCUUUGUCAUAGAGUGUUUAAGAUCCAUAAAAAAUGAUUAAUACAUCUAUAGGAACUUCGAUAAAUGUUCAAUAAUCUUAAACAGUAGUUUAGCCAUAAAAAGUUCAAUCAACACAACCAGUCUAAUAAAAUUAAGAACCCUAAACAACUUCCUAAAAUACAAAAUCAUAACCUCCUCCUUAGAGUGCAGUUUAACAGCCUACUUAACCUCUCUUAAAAAAUUAAUAGAUAGCAGAUGGAUUUAUGGAUGAAGCUAAAAAGAAUUAAUUAAAAUAGGAUUUCUAUUUAGAUACAUCAUAAUGGAAUCAAACAUAAUAGAUUUAAAGUGAUAUAGAAAUUAGCAUCAGAUUCUUAUAAGCUGAAGAUUAGUUUAUUACUUAUACCUUAGGUUGUUAAUUAGAUGAUACAUUAUUCAAUUUAUCCUGUAAGAUUUGUAAUUAACUUUAAUUACCUUAAUAAUAAUAAAAUCAUGUUAUUUUGUAUAGUCUAGCUGGCCUUCCUAUAAUUAGUAAUUUAAAUUAACUUCAUUAAAAGACUGUAGAUGAUACCAUCAAUAAAUUACAAAAUAAAAUAUUUUAUGCAAUAAUUACUAAAUGCUCUGCAGGAGACAAAUCAUUUCCAAAAAUUGAUCCUGAUGAAGGAAAGGAACAAAUAUUUAUAAUUCAUUAAGGACCAAAAGUAUUGAAAGUAGAUAUUGAAACAACUACGGUUUUAUAAUUGAAAUAAAAAAUAUAUCAUAAACUUAACAUUCCAACAAAUGUUUAAAAUUUAAUUUAUGGUGGUAAGUUAUUGACUGAUAACUUGAUUCUAAAAGAUUACAAUAUUUAAAAUAAUUCAAAUUUAAAUCUUUCAUUUAAAUUAAAUCAAUUUGUUAGUCAUGCUGAUAGUUUUAAUUAUAAUUUUUAUAUGCCUUGGUUAAAUCAUUUUGUUAAAUAAAGUGAAGAAGGAAUACGAUAAUUUAGAUGUAAUAUGCUAGUAUUUUUUGCUAAAGAAGACCAAUAAAAAUUAUCUCACACAAUUAGAUAAUAUUCUAAAAAUAAUGCUCCUCUUACUUUGGCUUCUGUUUGCUUGUUAAACAAAUAUAAAUUAAACUAAAAUGCUCGUAUAGCUUUUGAAGAAGGAUUUCUUAGAUUAUUUUUUGAUUUAAUUAUCUCAAGUCCUUAAAUACCUGUUACUUUUGAUUUAAGUUCUAUUUUUGAAUAUUCAAGAUAAUGGAUUUAAUUUUUAUAUGAUUAAACAACUAAUUUUAAUCAAGUAGAUGUUAAAUUUGUAGAAACAUAUAAAAAAGUUGAUUAUACUUGUUGGGUUACUUUAAAUCCUAUAGAGACUCCAGCUUUUUUAUCUUUAAAUGAAAAUGAAGAGGAUAAAUCACUCUAUUAAAUAGUUGAUUAUAAUACUAUAAAAACUAAAUAAGAGACAUAAGAAAAACAUACUAAUGGAAAACUAUACUCUUAAUUAAAAUUAAUUAAAGAUCCAAAUUUGGAAGAAUAAUUUAAAAUUGUAAAAUUUUUAGAAAAAGAAGAUUUAAUUUGGUUACCUUAAACUGAAUUUAAAGAUAAAAGAGAUCUUAAAGCUUUACCUGCUGAGUGGCAUAAGAAUUCAGAUAUAAAAUUAUAAACUUUAAAGAUUUAUAGUUCUGUUGAAUUAAAAUUGCAUCCAAGUGCUCCUGUUUUAACUAAGAAUUCUCUCAAAUAAUUAGUAGUAUACACAUCAAUGAAUAAAGAUGUAGCAAAACCUGUAAAUUUAUUUGAUCCCUUAUCUGGUAAUGAAUUAUCUGAUAAUCCUGAUUAAAUUGCUUAUAAUCAAGUUUUACCAAAUGUUUCUACAAAUAAAAAUAAUACUAAUUUAUUGGAUGAAGAUGAUGAUUCAUCAAUUUAAUUAGUGACUUAAAUAACUGUCGAACCAGAAGAAGCUAUUAUUGUUUUGAUAGAUAUAUCUGGUUCAAUGGAGGAAGAUUUCUAUAAAAAUGAAGAUUUAACAAGAUUAGGUGCUGUUAAAGCAUUUUUCAAUGCUUUUGCAGAUAGAACUAUGGCUUACAAUAUGAAAAAUGUGAUAUCCUUGGCAUAUUUUGAUGAUAGAUAUAUAUUGAAAUGUGGUUUUACUGAAUUAUUCAUGUAAUUUAAGGAUUUAGUUAAUAAAGCAAAACCUCAAGGUAUGACAGCUUUGUAUGUGGCUCUCAAAAAUGCUAUUGAUUCUCUUUUGAUUUUUAAAAAGAAAUAUCCAAAUUGUUUAUUAAGAAUAAUUGCACUUACUGAUGGAGAAGAUAAUAAAGGAAGAUUUAGCCCAGAAUUUAUUGCAAAAACUAUUGUAGAAAAUUAAAUCAUUCUUGACUCUUUUGUUGUUUAUGAUAAAUGUGAUGGUUUAAAGUAAAUUACAAAGGCAGCUGGAGGUUAAUGCUUUUGCCCAAAAACUAUCUAAGAAGGUUUGAAAUUAUUUGAAUAUGAAACCAUUUUAUCUGCUAAAAUAAGAAAGCCAUAAGAACCCUUAACUAAUUUUAAGAUUGAAGCUAUUUUCAAAUAAGAUCCAAAAACAAUCAAAUUUGAUGUUUAACCAAGAGAAUUUGAAUUACCUUUAGAAUUAAAAAAAUAAUCUGUUAAUCCUAAAUAAUUAGUUAGAAGAAUUAGUUCUGAUUCUUAAUAACUUAAUUUAAUUGCUCCAAAUAAUAAUUUAAAAAGAGUGAUAAAAGAAUUGAUAACAUAUGAAUAAAAACCUCAUCCUUUUGUAAAAGUUUUCCCUUGUUCCCAUGAUGUUUCAUUUUGGAAGAUAAUUUUAAUUGGUCCAGAAUAAACUCCAUAUUAUGGUGGAAUAUAUAUUUUGUAUAUGAAAUUUCCUUAAGAAUAUCCAGUUCAACCACCUGAUCUAAGAUUUCUGACUUCAAUUUAUCAUUGUAAUAUAAAUAGUCAAGGUAGAAUCUGUCAUAGUAUUUUGGGUAGAAAUUAUACGCCUGACACAAGAGUUUUAUAAAUUUUUGAAGCUAUCUAUGGUAUUAAUAAAAUAAAUUUUUAGGUCUUCUAAUGACUCCUGAACCAGAUGAUCCAUUAGAUACAACCAUAGCUUCAGAAUAUAUGCAAGAUUUAAAAAUGUAUUAAUAAAAAGCAACCAAUCAUACUCUUUAAUAUGCCAAAAGACCUAUGGAUGAAGUAUUGAAAGAGAUUCUAGGAACUGUAGGAGAGGAAAUUGCUUUGAGUGACAUUGAAUUACAGGAAAAAAUAAACGAAAUUAAUGUUUGGAUAACAAAUUCCAGUAAACCAUAAUGAUUUAUCAAA